CCGGCUGAAGCAACAGGCGGCGGGCGUUGUAUAUCGUCUUUGUUGACGCGUAGGCACGUCCCUGGCACUCGUAUCGAAGAGCUUUGACGGUGACAAUACGAAUCGUUUGUUGCUGCUUCGCGCGUUCUGUAACUGACUUUCGAGCUUGUGAACCCGGAACUCGUCGGAAAUAUACUCUACGCUGACGAACUGAAAUAAUACACGGAAAGUGGAACAUUUCCGUGAUUAUAAUUACUCGGAGCUCGGAGGAGCUUCGAUCUUUAUUUCUCCAACGGCGAUGUCUAACAACAGGAUGCAGACCGUUGUAAAGAACCCCACGUGGUGGGGUCGCCGCACCGCCAUGGAGCGCGGGCUGACGCUGGUGGCGACGGUGGCGCUCCUGGUGGCCGGCGCGCUCGCCAUCUCGCUGGGCGCCCUCGUCGCCAGGCAGCAGCACCAGUCCGAGUCACCGAGGCCGGUGGCUGUCGAGUCCAGAGGGCAGACGACCUCGGGAGUCGGCCGGGCGCCGGUGACGACGCGGUCCAGCGGCGCCGACAGCUUCCAGGACGUCUGCCUCACGCCGGGGUGCGUGCGUGCAGCAUCCGAGGUGCUCGACAAAAUGGACCCGUCGGCGGACCCCUGCGACGAUUUCUACCAGUACGCGUGCGGCAACUACCUGCGGACCACCAACAUCCCGGACGACAAGUCGAAGGUGAGCACCUUCUCGGCUCUCAACGACCGGCUGCUGGAGAAGCUGCGCGCCGCCAUAGAGGAGGAGGACGCCCGAGAGGUCGUCCCCAGGAGCCUGCGGCUGGCCAGGAACCUCUACAGCGCCUGCAUGAACAAGACGCUGAUCGAGUCCCGCGGGCUGGCGCCGCUCCAGAGGGUCCUGAAGGAGGACCUGGGAGGCUGGCCCGUCGUGGAGGGCGACUCCUGGGACGAGGCGGGCUUCGACUGGCGGCAGAGCGUCCACCGCUUCCGCAGGACCGGCUACGGCGCCGACUACCUCAUCGAGUUCUCCGUGGUUACCGACUUCCGGAACUCCUCGCACCGCUCUAUGUAUGUAGACCAGGCAUCAUUGGGGCUUAGCCGCGAGUUCCUGGUGAAGGGCCCCUCGGACAAGCUGGUGGACGCCUACUACCAGUACCAAGUCGACCUGGCAGUUCUGCUGGGGGCUAACAGGACUCGUGCUCAACAAGAGCUCAGGCAGUCCCUCGAGUUCGAGAUAGCUCUGGCCAACAUCUCACUGCCCAAAGAGGAGCGGCGCAACUUGACGCAGCUGUACAACCCGUACACGGUGGAACAGCUGCAGCGCGAGUUCCCUCUCCUGUCGUGGCUGGAGUACCUGCAGGCGAUGCUGCCGCCGCACGUCACUGUCUCCGACGAUGACGUGGUGGUGGUGGUGGUGCCGUCCUACCUCGAGAGGCUCCGAGAACUGAUCAGCCACACCCCCAAGAGGGUGAUGGGCAACUACGUGAUGUGGCGGGCAGCCAGCGAGUCGGUGUCGUACAUGACGGAGAAGCUGCGCAGCCGCCAACUCGAGUACAGCUCCGCCCUGUCCGGCAAGACAGCGCGGGAGCCCCGCUGGAAGGAGUGCCUCGGCAUCGUCGCCGCUGGCGUGGAUCUCUCCGUGGGCUCCAUAUACGUGCGCAAGUACUUCGACGAGGAAGCUAAGAAGGCGGCACUCGAGAUGGUGGACGACAUCCGCCGGGAGUUCCUCCGUAUCCUGCAGGAGGUGGACUGGAUGGACGAGGCCACCAGGAAGAAGGCACUCGAGAAAGCCAAGUCCAUGGUCGCCCACAUCGCGUACCCUGACGAGUUGCUGGACGACGCCAAGCUCGACAAGUUCUACGAGAAGCUGGACAUCAGCCCGGCCCUGUACCUGGAGAGCGUGCUCAACCUGUCCAGGUUCGCCGUCGACUACUCCUUCGGCCGGCUGCGGGAGCCCGUCAACAAGACUGAGUGGACCAGCCACAGCAAUGUGGCCACCGUCAAUGCAUUCUACGACACCCUCGAGAACUCCAUACAGUUCCCAGCGGGCAUCCUCCAGGGCGCCUUCUUCAGCGCUGACCGUCCCAAGUACAUGAACUACGGCGCCAUCGGCUUCGUCAUCGGCCACGAGAUCACGCACGGCUUCGACGACGAGGGUCGUCAGUUUGACAAGGACGGCAACCUGGUGGACUGGUGGGACCCUAUGACCCACGACAGGUUCCUGGAGAAGGCAGAGUGCAUCAUCUCGCAGUACGGGAACUACACCGAUGAGCAGACUGGCUUGCACCUGAACGGGAUCAACACGCAGGGGGAGAACACGGCGGACAACGGCGGCGUCAAGGAGGCGUACCGCGCCUACCUCGCCCUGCAGCGCCGCGCCGGCCAAUCAGAGCCGCGGCUGCCCGCGCUGGCCGGCCUCUCCCCGCGGCAGAUGUUCUGGGUGUCCGCCGCGCAGACCUGGUGCUUCAAGUACCGCACUGAGGCGAUGCGCCAGCUUAUCACGACAGGAGUUCAUUCCCCGGGCCGGUUCAGAGCACUGGGCUCGAUCAGCAACCGGCCCGAGUUUGCCGAGGACUUCGAGUGUCCACUCGGCUCCCGCAUGAAUCCGGUGGAGAAGUGCCAGGUGUGGUAAAGGAUCCGAGGGGGGACACCGAACAGCCGGGGCCUGUCGCCGACCUCUGAGUGCUUCUGCCAGCCACCGAGUGACACACUCGUGUAACUCUAAACCUCAAGAACAGAAGGGAAACUAAUGAGGUCAGCGACUGGCCGAUACACUAGCAGUGGAGCUCUGUUUCUGUGUAGCCAUCACCGCUGGACCCUGACAACUAAAUCAUGAGGCAGCAGUCCUGGAAGAGACUGGCAGUCCCAUCUGAAGAACAUCAGAGGAAGACUGCUACAGAUUCAAAUCAUCCUCGGUUGAGGUUUGCAGUUGGUUUUGGUAACUGGGUUGCCAGAACUCUGGAUGGAAAAGUCAUUGGGCAGAGAUGUUGUAUGCUCACUCUGGUGGAAAAGCUGAUAUCUCGUGGCUCUGAGCCACGAUGGGAUAUGGCUUUAAGUUACGUUCCCAGUUUGUCGACUGCAGAGUGCGAGAGGUGACAGCUGACAGCUGCGAAGCUACACGCAGCCUGUUGGGCCCAGUACACACUUGCAAUCUCGGAAAGUGUGGCUUGAUGGUUGUGAUUUCUGACAUUUUGGACAAGGCAUGUUACACCGUGAUGUGCAAGUAAAUAGAUUAGCAUGUGCCGCGAAAAAUAGUGCUUCCAUCAAGUACUAUAAGCUGAAUUUUUGCUAAUUCUGCCACCAUAUUUAAAUGCAGAUCACACCUUAACGUCCCGAGUCCAAAAUGUUGGAUAUCACAGCCACAACUGCACACUCAACCGCAGCAAGCCACAAACUGUGUACACUGCCGAACGGACUGCUGGGCAGCCUCUGUUGAUGUGGCACUCCGCAGUCGACAAGCCAGGAGACUGGCUCGCAGCAGACUCCCACUGUGGCUCAGACUGAGAGAUACUAGCUUCUCAGCCAGAGGCAGUGGACACCAUCUCUGCCGAGCGACAAGUCGACCCACAGUGGUGCCAACCUAAUUACCGAACCAGAAUUGUGCCGUCCUUGGCACAGUGUGAUUGUGGUAUAUCAUAACAACCUGCACUUCUUUAGAAUGGAUAAACAAACCUGUGUGCAAAACCUGUUAUUUUUAUACUAAAUGGUAAUCAAUAAUUUUAGAUAUGAAUUCCUUUCUUUCAAAAACUGUAUAUUCGUUCUGCUGCACAAAAUCACAGGGAGCAAAUCGUCACUCUUCACAACUGGUAAACUAUGGGAAAAGGGGGAAAUUUAUUGGACAAAAAGUAAUGAUCUUUUCAGUGCUCAACCAAUUUAGCAACUGUAACAAAUAGUUUAUGGAGCACAGAUUUGUGCUGACUUGUUGGUAAUUAGUAGGGUUCACUGCAAUUCUAAGAUACACUGAAAGGUCAUGAAGAAAGAGCUAGUCAGAUAGCAUGGAUUAAUUAAGAUGUGACAAUAAAUAACUGUUACAGGAAAUUAAAA